GAGAGAGGAGACGCCAUGACCCCCACCCUGACGGCCCUGCUCUGUCUCGGGCUGAGUGUGGGUCCCAGGACCCGAGUGCAGGCAGGGACCCUCCCCAAACCCACCAUCUGGGCUGAGCCAGGCUCUGUGAUCCCCUGGGGGACCUCUGUGACCAUCUGGUGUCAGGGGAGCCUGGAGGCCCAGGAGUACCGCCUGCAAAAAGAGGGAAACUUGGUGACCUGGGACAGUCAGAAGCCACUGGAGCCUGGGGACAAGGCCAAGCUCUCCAUCAAAUACAUGACAGCUGUAGAUGCAGGACGAUAUCUCUGUAACUAUCGCAGUCCCACUGGCUGGUCAGAGCGCAGUGACCCCCUGGAGCUGGUGGUGACAGGAUUGCAGGACAAACCCCAGCUCUCAGCCCUGCCCAGCCCUGUCGUGACCUCAGGAGGGAACGUGACCCUCCAGUGUGGCUCACGGUUGGGACUCAACAGGUUCGUCCUGAUGAGGGAAGGAGAACACCAGACCUCCUGGACCCUGGACUCCCAGCGAGCCCCCAGUGGGAGGUCCCAGGCCCUGUUCCCUGUGGGCCCCGUGACCCCCAGCCCCAGGUGGACGUUCAGAUGCUAUGGUUAUUACAACAACACCCCCCAGAUAUGGUCGGCCCCCAGUGACCCCCUGGAGCUGGUGGUCUCAGGUCACAAGUACCAGAGAAUUUUGAUCCAGGUCCCUGUGAUCUUCCUCGUCCUGCUCUUCCUUCUCCUCUUCCUCCUUAUCCGACACCAGCACCAGAAAAAACGCUUCAAGUCAGGUGACUCACAUCCUGAAGUUGACACCAGAACCCUGCAGAAAAGCUCCAGCUCCAUGGCUCCUGUCCAGGAGGAGAAUCAGAAUGCUGAGGUGAGAGAGUCCCAGCCUGAGGAAGACAUACAGAUGGACAGCCAGGCCACAGCAUCUGAAGACCCCCAGGAUAUGACCUAUGCCCAGGUGAACAGCUUGAAUCUCGGACAGUGGACGAGUGCACCCCCUUCCUCCCAGUCAACGGAGCCCCCAGCAGAGCCCAGUAUGUAUGCUGCUCUGGCCGUCCACUAG